AUGGCGAUAAGCUUAGUGAUGCGGAGUCGUCGUGUAUUGACUGUUGUUUAUUGUUUAUGGUUGCUGUGCCCUGGGACCGUUGCAAAAAUAUUACCUUCGAUUUUAUGGAAUCCAGACAACCCUUGGUGAGUAUUUCAACAUCUUUGUCUAAGCAUUUCCUUUUACUGCGAUCGUUCCUUGUCACUGUUUUGCCGGUUGCUUUAACGCUCGUUACUUGAGAUUUAUAAUGUAAGCUGAAGUUGAUCAACUUUCACCAGAGCUUAAGCUGACAUUCCACAGAAAAGCUUGGAAUUUCAUCACUUUGUAACGACUAGUAAAUUGUUUCUACAGUUACACUUAAAUCUCAUCUCUCCUUUGUUUUCGUCGUGUAAAUGAAAAUGGAUUCAUUGGCUCUAGUCUUAAGCAACAUACAUACUAAAGCUUACAUUUCUUGUAGGUUUAGUAGCUUCACGUGCGUGGAGUGAAACUCAUGAGUUGGCUUCCCUUAAAUUUUCAUUUACAUUAGUGGAAACGUUUUUGCUAUUUACUGUACUACUACGUUUUAUUAGCAAAUAACAUGUGAAUAAAAAGUGUUUGGAAACUAAUAAUAGUGACAAAUUGCCCGAGUGCUUUCAAGACUGAGCGGAAUGUUCGCGUUUGUGCAUGUUCUAAAAGUAAACUGUAACAUGUAUUGAGCCUUAACUAUUAAGCCGUAAAUUUUAUCACAUGAAUGUUGCUGAAAACAUAAAGUUUAAUUACUUGGUAAACAAUAAACUGUUGUUUAUUGUUUAAAGUUCUUGAGUGACAAGUUUUCUUGAAUCUCACGUUUUCUUUGUGUACAUUCAAUUGCAAACAUACGAACUGAUGAGACAUGCUUUUGUAUUUUUCUCGUUUAGGUUUAGCCACCUUAACAACAAUGCAAGAAAGGUUUUGCCAUUUGACAAACUGUCAAUAAGGUGUCCGAACUUGAUGGACUAUCCCAUUGAAAGAGACAAUGUUUAUUCCAAAGACAAACUUUAUGAGAAUUUGUUUAUGGUUGAUAAAAAAGGUUUUGACAGCUGCAAUGCAACUUUGGGGCUCAAACUUUUAUCCUGUGAUAACCCUGAUGUGCCAAGUAGACAUGUAACAGUUGUGUUUCAGCCACAGAGUGCAAAUGAAAAUGACCCUAAAUUUGAGAAAGGAGAAGAAUACUACUUUAUAAGUAAGUGUUUUUUGGUAGACAUACUUCUUCAGCUCAAUAUAAUAUACAUGAACAAAUUUCUUGAAUCUGAUUGGCUUUCAAGAGCAAUGGAUUUUUUAGUAAACACAAUGCAAAAUCAAUCAACAAAAUAUGAUGCAAAAAGGAAAAUUAAUAAAGCAAACAUCUCAGAGAAUAGAGCACUGUGAUUGGCUAAUAAACAAUAGGAAUACACUGUAAGAACCAAUCAGGUGCCGCAAUCUUUAUUGGCCACUUUAAGGUUGUGUGUGACACUGGGUUGGUUUGUGAUGAUUUGUGAGAACGUGUUUUGGGGAUGAAAUUUUUCAUGUAUACAUUUGUUAAGGGUAAUCAUACAACAAUUUAUUUGCAUUCCUGUGUUUUCCAAAAAGCUCAAAUUUAUGGGCUUGUGCAAUUUUGGGCUUUGACAUUUUUACAGUUAUCAGGUGAUGAUAGUAUGUGUAUGAAAAUGAUACAAUUUCCUGUUUAUGAUUAGAUUUCAACCUUAAAAUAAAAUAUUGUAAUCAAAGAGAAGAAAAGGGACAGUGUUUUUACGUGCAGCGUUGCAUUGCUGUUUGUUUUAUUUCAAAUAAUUCUGUACUGUGUAUGUGACUGACAAAUACAAUAUUUAGUAUUGCUUCUGAUAAAAUAUCAAAACAAUUAAAACUGUCAGUAGAGUCUUAAAAGUGAUAUUAUUAAGGUGACCCCGAUGAAUUGGAACCUUCUCAAUUGUUGACACUUUGAUAUGACCCUUCCAUGUCCAAACGGAUUCAUCUGUAAUGACUACAUGUAACAUUUUGAUUAUGUAAUUUAUUAAAUUAAAAUAAGCAGAAUUUUACAUAUAGUACACAGUGAUCACUGUAACUCAGUUUAAAAUAUGAACUGUUUCAUCUCAUUUACAGAUACAGCAUCUGGAUUAAUUACCUCAUUAACAAACUUGGAAGGCGGACGUUGCAAAGACAACCAGAUGAAAAUGAAAAUUUAUGUGUGCAAGGAGGGGAAUGACCCUAAGUGCCCACAUGGAAAUAAAGGUAAAUUGUAGUUGCUUGCAAGUUGAAGUUUUCAGUGAAAUAUUCAGCUUAUGUGUGUAAACAGUGUUAUAAAUUAAUAUGUACAAGCACACAAAGUAAAGAGGAGUUAAAAGAUUAAGAAUGUUAGUAUUAAAAAAAAUGUACUAAGAACUGCAUUUUGGGCAAGAUAUCUCCGGAAGAACUUCUCCCAUGUUCUUUUGUUGUUCUAAAUUAAAGCACUUGAUGGGGUUGGGCUUGUUGGGUCCCUAUAAAUGAAUCCUUUCUGCUUGUUGUGGCAUAGAAUAUUAAAACAAAAACAAUUAGCAAAAUAGCCAAAAAGUUAAGUUGUAUUGUUUUAUUCUUUUGUUUCUUUUCUCAGUAAUAAUAUUAUAAUCUGCCACGACUGUGCCAGUUGUUGCAGAAGGAAAUGGAUUUGUCAGGUUCUGAAACUUUGGCUGGUUUGGCUUUGAACCAAAUCAAUUCUUGCCAUGCUGGGUGCGGCUGGCUCAACCAUAAAAUUGAUGGGAGUGCUUGACAAAAUUGUACAUAAUUAUGGGAUUUUAAUCUAAUGUUGGGUAUUUUUCCACUGUAGUUGUGCAUGGUGGUUGGUCUGACUGGAGUGAGUGUACAGGUGGCGGCCUUCAAAGUCGGAAAUGUAACAGUCCUUAUCCAGAGAAUGGUGGAUUACCUUGCAUUGGUGAAGCUGAACGAGCCUGCACAACAAAAGCUUCUCAAGUGUUGGGCUGCAGGGGCAACUCAUGUGAGUAGCAAUUGUAAACGUUCUUGUAGGUACAGCAGUGUACUUGUCUGUGGUGUAGAGGAUCAGGUGUUGUAUUUACUGUGAAACUUAGAAAACUGUUAUAAACCCAUUACAUUGUAUUUCUGGCUUGUAUUGCAAGGAAAGAGCCAAUCAGGUGUAAGAAAACUUAACUGCAAGCAUGAAGUCUGCUGAUAUGUUUUGAUCUUUUUUGACAAUAAUUGUGGCCAAAACAAUCAGCAGUCCUGGAAUAUUUCAAUCAGGCGUUCACAGUGUUCCAAUCUAUUUUGACAGUAAUACCAAAGGUACAUUGUAAGUUAGUCAGAAUGCUCUGGUUGGACCAACAUUUUUAGCCUAAAAUCACUAAUCAUAUGGGAUUGGCUUAAUGUAGAUUUUUGGCAUAAUUAGCUGGUUUUGUUGGUCUGUUUUAAUCUCAAAAUUUUUUUUCUUUACUUUUUACAUGUAGGUUCUACUGUUACAACUGAAGGAGAGCCAGGUACUUAUUCAUAUUAAUAAGGCUACAUAUCUUUGGUCCUUCAACUUACAAACGUAGAAUUCUCAGUGGUUAAGAUGUGCUCUGAGAAAAAUAGCAAAAUUAAUAGCUAGGUGUGGUUCAAAGAUCUGAGUUGUUUACAAUGAGCCUGGGAAUCCAGUAUCCUUAGUUAAUUUCCAUUUUUGAAAGAGCAAGGAAAAGUUUCUUGUUGUUCAAAAGCAAAAACUAUUAGUUGCCUGAGGCUAGCAGUUAUGACUGCUAGAAGACAGCCCUGCUUGAUGCUUUGAAUAAUGAUUUCAUACGUAUUUUCAUAUUAUUCUUACCAGUACAGUCUGUAAUCCGUUUGUUGGGGGCUAAAACUGUUUUUUUUUCUUCUUUGCUCCACCAGAAUUCCCUUCCAAAGAAAGCAGAACAGGAGGUAUGCAUUUUUUGAUGUAAAUAAAUAAACAAAAAUCACCUGGCGUAUUAUUAAUAAUGGUUUGUUAAGCAUUAGACAAGAGAAAACAGAUGAUAAUAAUAUAAAUUUGACAUUUAAGAGUCAGUUUAUUUGAGGUGAUUGUAUUGUGAGAUCUUGCUGAGGUUACAGGUGUUGUCUAGAUAACCCAAUUUGUUUGUUGAUUUUUGUGUAAAUGGUUGCCGAGCAAGUAGCCCAGAGUAGUGAGUUUUCCUUGUAAAAUGUUUGUGCCUGGCAAUUUCUACCUGCAAGCAAAGGUGAGUUUGACCUUUGAGUUGAACUCAGGGCACUGUGCUCAACAAGCCAGUCACUCAUAAUUAAACUACUCUGCUGGGUGAAGCUAUAAGAGGCUUUUAAUUUUAUCAGUACAAUUUUUAAUGUUAUGCUUGAAGAUAACAAUAACACUAUCAACAGCACUAUGUAAAUGUUAGAUGUUUGCAGGUAGGUUGCAAGUGCCUAUUCAUUUGACCUUUAUCUUGUUCUUCCUUAGACAAUUUGACUGCAGAUGACCUGCUGAUUAACAAAGGCUUCUUUGCUGGAAUAUGUCUCAUUAUAUUGGUGGUUGGGCUGCUAGUUGGUGGAGGCGUAACCAUGCUGCUAUACAGAAUGCAGAGAAGCAAGCAAAAAGCUAGUAAGUACCAAACACUCAUCCACUCUUAUACAAGGUGCAUAUAUAGAAAGUCAGUUUUACAGCUUGCCAUUCGGGAAAGCUAUAGCCAGCAUGUACUAGCCCAACAGUCAUUUCAACUCUGAGCCCAAAAAAAUUUUUGAUGAGCAGGAUUGAACACAGUUCUUCCGUAAUUUGAAUUCCCUAAAACAACUUUUCUUGCCUGUCGGGCAAGUUAAGAACAGAAUUCACUAGCCUGAUAGCAAAAUCCACUAUCUAUGAGCUAUUGGACACAAUAUCCUUGGCAGGCUGUUACUCUGAGUAAGGUACCUAUAAGUAACUUUCAUCAAUUGGAGUUAAAAAGAGAUCACAUGUUCAACAUAAAGACAUAAAGAAGCCACUACGUUAAGAUCUCUUUGAGUUCAUUUUCAAGGGCGAAUAACAAAAAAAUAAUUUCUUUAUAUUUUUUCCUCAAACUUGAAAAUCACCUCAUAGAGGUCAGAAUGUUGUGAUUUGUGAAUGUUAACUUUUAUCGCAAAAAUUACUCAUCCAUGUACACCAUGAUCUUCAAAUAGCUCAUUUUUAAACAAAGUACAGCUGUAAAUACCUGUAAUCAUGACAAUAAAGAACCUGCAUUGAAAUUUUCGUGACAAUUUUUCAAGUUUCGAAAUUAAAUGAGACUUUAAUUUACAACUAUAUUGUACUAUGUAUAACUAUAAUAAAUUUUACUUUUCUUGAGGUAGCUUAUUUGAAAGUAACGUUAAUUUUAAUUGUCCCUCUCUUGUAGAUGUCGAGAUGACAAGGGUACCUAGUGCAUUAUCAACCAAACGUCCCGUCUCAUCAUUUACAAAUGUUAGCAUGGGUUCUAAAAAUAUGGAAUGCGCAUAA